GGCUGUGUCCAAAUAUAAAUAUAAAAAAAAUCUGUUGGGCAUCCAGGUGUGUCCAGAAGACAACAAAAGGGGAAAUUUAGAGGCGGCAUGAUGACCUACAAAGUCAAGGGAAAGACACAUUAGAUACAAAGAUACAUCACAAACAGACACAAAGAUGAGUCAUUGCAAAGCCUCCGGAAGUGUUUCAACUUAUCGCACAGCUUCAUGAAUCCGCCUCAUCAUGUGUAGGACAGAGAGGGAGAAUAACUGGAGACAGACAACAGACAGACGCAGCAUUUUCUGCAGCUCCUGAGGACUGAGGAGGAGGUCUGAGCCUGGGGCCAGUAAAGGGGGAGGGUUAAAGAAAAGAGGAGGAGGAGACAGUAACAAAAAGAAGAAGCAGAGAGUCAGAGAGGCAGACACAGAGAGGACCAGUGACGGUGACAGAUGAUCAGAGACUGUUGUUUCAACAUGGAUUUGAGUUUGCUUCAAGCUCUGGAGAGAGAACGAGUACUGGAGGUUCUUCGGAGAGACAAACAGCUGCGUAUCAUUGAAGAAGACAGAAUAAGGAGGAUGAAAUGUGAGCUCCAGGAGCUGCGACGAAGAGGCGCCAAGAGCUUUGCCCGGCAGUACGGCGAGCGGACCUGCGCCCGCUGCCAGAGGCCGCUGGGAAAGUUCUGGAACUUGGGCGCCGUCUGCCGAGGCUGCAGCCACCGGAUCUGCAGCAGGUGUCGCGUGCGCGUGGGAGCGGCGGACUGGAAGUGCACGGUCUGCCACGCCUACAGGGAGGUGAAGAUCAGGUCUGGGGAGUGGUUCCUGGAGCAGAGGGCGCGCAAAUUCCCACUCACCACAGACAAAUACGAGACAGUCGGGGAGAAGCUAUUAAAGAACUACAACGUGCUGAGUCACAUAUCAGUCGUGCCGCCCACUCCUCCGCCCUGCAUGGACCCGUUCCUGAGCAGAUCAGGGGAUAUGAAAAGCUCGAAACCUUUCGCCAAAUCCGUGGAAGAUCUGAUGGUUUACUUCACCAGUCACAUUAGAAAGAUUUCCACUUCUCAGAACGACCUGCGGGGAGAUCUGCUGAGAGUCGAAAGCAGCCGGAGAGGAUCUCGCUUCACCUACUCCACCCAGAAGAGCCUGUCUGACACCGACAUCAACAAGUCUAGCACUCUUGUCAAAGGCCCCAGUCUCCCAGACCUGUUCAAGAAAAGCAAAGACAGCGACCAUGAAGGCUCCUCCACCGGGGCAGAGGAAGAAACUUCCUUUGGUUCUGAGUACUCUGGAGGAAAGAGAGGCAGCAACAGCAGCAUCAGCACAGACUGCGGCCUCUUCGAGGGCGUCAGCGUGGCCGGAGAGCUGGAGCUGGCUCUGGCCUACAACACCAACGCCUCCUGUCUGGAGAUCACAGUCGGUGCCUGCAGGAAUCUCACCUACGGUGAUCUCAAGAAGAAGAAGUGUCACCCAUACGUCAAACUCUACGUGCUGCCGGAAAAGAACAAAAUGAAGACGUCAGUCAAGAAAAACACGACUGAUCCAGUCUAUAACGAGGUUUUAAAGUAUCACGUAGAGCGCCAGCAGCUGUUUGGAAAGAGACUGCAGGCCUCCGUGUGGCAUUCAGGAACGCUGACAAGGAAGGCGUUCCUCGGAGAGGUCCUCAUCCCACUGGACGGCUGGAGGUUUGAGGACAAGGCCUCCCAGUGCUUCAACUGGUACCCACUUUGUCCAAAGGCUGAGCGUCCAGAGGGAGGCGCUGUGGAGCAGGACGGAGGGGAACUGCUGGCCGGGGUCAAGUUCAGCUCCUACAAGCAGGGUGAGCUCCUGCAGCUCAGCUCCCUUAAAGAAAAACACCCACGUCUGUCUGUUCGCCAAAUCAUUUAACAUUAAUAUAUUGUGAUGACUAUUUAAUAACAACAAAUCUGCAUUUUCAUCCGACAAAACAUCUAUUGGUGUCCUUAAAUAUUAAAAUUGUCGGUAUGUUCAAAAACACUACAUACUGUCUUAUUAUGCAGCCUUGUGGUUAACUUGCUUAUUUUGUUGAUUCAUUUGUGUUUUUUCUAAUGAGAUCUGACCCGAAGUCUCUCAAACCACAGGGAGCAUCUCAUCUCUUAAUUUAAAAUAAAGUAUAAAUAUCACCAAAGCCUAUUUUUUUAUUGUCUUUCUCAGAAAGUUUGGGCUGGGUGUUGUGGGACUGAGACAAUUUAUAGUUUGCAAAUAAAACUCGAGUGAACUUGAGUUGCACCCACAAUUUUACAUGAUUUAUAAAAACAAUAAGUGGUCACUAAUAAGAAUGCAACAGCUCAAAAAAUGUGUUAGCUAAUGAAAAAGGUAAAUAUAAGUUGGGAUCUAGCUGUAUACACAUGACGUAUAACAGCUUGUUCACCUCUCAGAUCAUUAUAGUAUAAUAUAAUGCAUCUUCGGGUGUGGUUAUCAUGUGGUUUGUUGUGCUACACAUGUGCUACAUGUGACAACCAACAGUACAAGAGUAGGCGUUCAACCCUCAGCUUCAGCUUUACAACGAUAACUAAAGGUUGACAUUUAAAGAGCUGCUUUACAAGACACAAAUAAAACACACCACGUUCCACAGCCGGCAGGUCUCGGUUCUUUUAUUUUACAGCACUAGGGGUCAGAAGAAUCUCUCUUUUGGACCCGUCAGUGACAGUCCUGCUCCUCACAGAGGCUAACACUGGCAAUGAUCGACUGGCUGUCCUUAUCAAAGGUGCCAAACACCUUCCCAUUAAUGCAAACACUGGUCAGAGCACCUGCGUCAGAGUGUAAAUACGCCUCAUUGUGGCCCUGCGUGUCUCUUUGUGUGCGUGCUUCAGUGUCUGCGGGCCUGCGAGGUGUGUUAUGUGUGUUCUGGUGUGUGUUGUGAAUGGAUUAAAGACUGUAAGUGUUUAAUUGGCAUGAGGGUGUGUUUAUGUAGCUGUUUGUGU